AUGGAUGCUCCAACACACAACGCACUGGGUACUGUCCGGAUGCGAAAUCCGGCUACCAAACAAAUUAUUCUGAUCCCACCCCCUACAAACGACCCCAAUGAUCCUCUUAACUGGUCCAAGAUACGACGUUACUACAUUGCCAUUUUGGCAUGCAUCGCCAUGUUUCUCUGUACCUUCUUGGCCAGCGGCCCGUCUGUGGCACUUCCACAAAUGGCGGAAGAGUUUUUAGGACACUCGGGAUCUACACCAGCCGAACAAAUUGCCAAAGCAGCGUACUUCAUUACAACCGUAACUCUAAUGCAAGGGGUUGGAUGCCUGGUAUGGAUGCCGCUCGUCAUCAAAUAUGGCCGCCGACCUGUCUACCUUGCUUCUUUCACUCUAUACACUAGUACCGCAAUCUGGGCGGCAGUGGCCGACUCAUAUGCAAAUCAACUUGCUGCAAGGAUUGUGAUGGGAUUUGCUAUAGGGGCUGGGGAGUGCUUAGCCCCCGUCACGAUCGCAGAUGUCUCCUUUCUCCAUGAACGCGGCGCAUUGAUGGCCGUAUAUACGGCUGCGAUUUCAGGUGGUGUUGCCGGAGGUAUUAUUGUCUCCGGUCUAAUCACCAUUGCUCAUGGAUGGAGGACAAUCUACUACGUUUCAAUCGCCCUAAUUGGCACAUUGACCGUUUUUCUCUUCUUCACUAUGCCUGAAACCUCAUACAUCCGAAACCCAAUCCAAGUCGAAACCGACAACGCCUCGUCUCCUUUGGAUAAAGAAGGGGACAUAGAACAUACCGAAAGCAUCGGCUCCAGGGAGCAAAGUAUUUCAACAAAAUACACAUUUUUCCAAGAACUUCAUUGCUGUCAUGGAAAACUCACAGAGGAGUCACUGAUCAAGAUAUUUGUUCGGCCAAUCGGGCUACUGAUGUUACCGCCAGUGCUGUGGGCCACGUUGGUCAUGUCCGUACUAAUCGGGUUUUUAGUUGCAGUCUCUUCCACAUUUUCGACUGCAUUUACCCAGGUCUACGAGUUUGAGCCAUAUCAAUCUGGAUUAUGUUUUGUCUCGGCUCUGAUUGGGUCCCUUAUUGGUAUCGCCUUUGGAGGGAGAUUUACUGAAGUCGUUGCCGAUUAUUUCACCAAGAGAAAUGGAGGUGUCCGAGAACCCGAAAUGAGGAUUCCAGCUAUAAUAUUUAGCGUUUUAGCGGCACCAACUGCUUUAAUACUGUUUGGUGUCGGUAUCCAGAACAGAUUACACUGGAUGGUCCCAACACUCGGGCUUGGUCUGCUAAACUUUUCCAUCGUUCAGGCGGUAAACAUAAGCAUGGUAUACACAAUCGACUCGUAUCGGCCAAUCGGAGGGGAGGUUGUUGUUGCUCAAUUAGGUUUCAAAGCCUGUUUUGGAUUUUUGCUUUCUUUUUACACCAGCCCAUGGAUCGGACAGGUUGGCUACAGCAUUGCGUUCGGUACUAUGGCAGUCAUCACUGGAAUAGUCCUUCUCGCAGGAUUUCUGUUUUAUUUCUUUGGAAAAAAGAUCAGGCACACUUCCCUUCGCUGGCGGGCGCUACGAUUUGUUCUCUGGAACAAAGAUCGAGAACUUGGAGAGUAG